AUGGGCUACGAAGACAAGGUCAUGUACGUAUGGUUCGAUGCCUGCAUAGGUUACCUAUGUUUCAGUCACGACAACACAUACCGAGGACCGGAAGCAAUCGAUGAGGCUAGCCAAAAGAUCAAAGCACUGCUGACCGCCACAGGGAGGGCAUACGUCAAGGUCGAAACUGUGGAAAGCGAGGCCAGGUUAGGCUUUCAGACCUCGGUGAUAAAAGACAACAAGGUCGCAAAGGAAUGGGAAGCCACAAAUGGCUUACCAGAUUCUACGACUGAGACAACCAAGAAGAUUCUGCCCGUUGAGGACGAGCGGAACGUGCUCAUUAGUAGCGGUACGAAACAGCUUUGA